AUGCCGAAGAAGCUUGCCGUUAAUGGACGUACUGUUUGGGUAGAGGAGGAAGAUUUUGACGAUGUGUGCGAAAUGUUCAAGGAGAAUGUGACUGUGGUCGAUUUGGAAAAAGGAAAUGGAGCAAUACACGGCAAAGCCCGUCAUUAUUUAUCUCUUUCGCCUCCGGAUCUCGUUCAAUCAGCAGAGAAGACGUGGUUUGCCGCCGUAUACGCUGUCAAAAAGCUUUAUUUGACUUGUGGAGGCGUGAGCAGUCUGGGACUGUUCAAGCCUAGAAUUUGCGGAUUGAGCAGUCUUGGACUGCUUAAACGAAGCCUUAGCCUCCCGAGAGGUCGACUUGGUGUCGAUCUGAAAUCUCACAACUCGCUGAAGUUCUUCGCACGAUUUGCGAUUAAACAUGCAGAGUUAUCCGACGACGUCUUCUGGCAUUUGCACGACAGUUGGACAAAAGCCGAAAAGAUGUACCGAGACGUCUAUGGCUCUUGCAAUUUUCGCGUGAGCGAAUAUGCUCAAAUAAUCUCUGACGUUGAGACGUUCGUGCUCAAGUUUGAAGCCUUUGAUCGCAAAAGUCUUUGGAUCGAAUUUGAUAAGGCUUUCAUUUCCGGAAACAAUCCAGACGUUGUAAUUAGAAAGGAAUCGCAUUCCAUUAAUCUUGGUGGUUCUCUUUUCAAGUGUGAUUACUCAGUCUUUGUGUAA